AUGGUGGAUUUGAUUUCAAGCGUUCCUCUACUUUUCUCUGCGUAAAGAUCGAUUGUAAAUGAAGUAUACGCCAUUUUGUGGCGUUUUGUUUUUAUGAGUUACGCUCCCAAUUGCGACUAUUGGGAAGAGAUCACAAAAUUCUGUUUCUUUCUUGUUCGAUUGACUUUACGAAGAUAGCUGUUUGGCUGAGAACACAGUCUAGCUGUUCUCGGCCGUGUAUGCUAAACUCCGGUGUAGAAGUAACAGCACAGCAAGUGUGAAGGGCGACCCUACAUCGAAGAAAUCGUAUAAUUCCUGGCACUCAUGGUGUAGAAGUUCAAGGAUUAUCGACUUGUUAAAUCAAGUAGGAUUGUAAUUUCCUUGUAGCAAGUGUCAAUGGCAUACUGUCAAUGGGCCUGUAGCUGACCAUUGAAUCUCAGCCUUGCCUGUGCUGAAAGAAUAGAAACAACAAAUCUUGAAAGUUGUCCGUUUAAUUUUCAGCAACUCAGGUCCAUUAAAUUAUUUCUGAAAAUGGGAUGUACCAGAGAAUUGUUUUCCAUACUUUUCCUCAUGUCAACUAUAAUACUUUUGACUAAAGUGUCUCCAACUGAAAGCUCCCUUGUAACCACAAAAUGCGAAUAUUAUAAUCAUACCAUUUGCCAAGACACUGGAAAGGGUUGCAAUGAAACGGAGUAUUGUGAAGUUGCAGAACCCAAUAAAAGGAAUCACUGCUAUGUUUUGUGGCAGAAUUCAAGCUCUGGAGAGCUCCAAAUCAAAUUCAAGGGCUGUUUUUUGAACAACUUUGGCUGUUACAAUCAGUCCAAAUGUGUGGGCCAAAAAGAAGAACCAAGAAAAAAUCUACUUUUUUGCUGCUGUGAGGGUGAUUAUUGUAACAGAGAAUUCUCUUGGGAGCCCUUAGCAACAGAGACACCACCCACUAUAGGUGCUCCUCCUUUGAGAAGUUCCCAAGGAAAACCAAUCUUGAACACUCUAAUGUAUACACUUGUUCCAAUUGUGGCCAUAACCUUCAUGGUUAUCAUUGGAUAUUGGAUGUAUCGUCGCCAGCGAAUGGCGUACUUUAAUGAAUUACCCACUGCCGAGCCCCAAGCGAUCCAUCCUCCGUCGCCAACACUCACCGUAAGCCCCGUGCAAUUAUUAGAAAUCAAAGCACGGGGCAGAUUUGGUGCUGUUUGGAAAGGACAGCUAAAAACCGAAACUGUUGCCGUCAAAAUUUUCCCACUUCAGGAUAAGCAAUCUUGGCUCGCUGAGCAAGAAGUUUUCAAAUUACCUCAACUCGAUCAUGACAACAUUCUUCAGUUCAUGAGCGCCGAGAAACGAGGAGAUGGUCUACAAACAGAAUUCUGGCUCAUUACUGCUUUCCACGAGAAAGGGUCACUUUGUGACUACCUGAAGUGCAAUUCACUUUCGUGGACGGAAUUAUGUCGGAUCGCUGAAGGUAUGGCCCGAGGACUUACCCACCUCCACGAAGAGGUGCCAGCUUCGAAAGCAGACGCCUGUAAACCUGCCGUCGCUCACAGGGACUUCAAAUCAAAGAAUGUACUGCUCAAAUCUGAUUUAACUGCUUGUAUUGCCGAUUUUGGAUUGGCGCUAAUUUUCUACCCUGGAAAACCUGUUGGAGAUACUCACGGACAAGUGGGUACUAGACGAUAUAUGGCACCUGAAGUGUUGGAGGGAGCCAUCAAUUUUAAUCGAGACGCAUUUUUGCGAAUUGACAUGUAUGCGUGUGCCCUGGUCCUAUGGGAACUUCUUUCUCGUUGCAGAGGACAGGACGCACCUGUACCAGAAUAUCUUCUUCCAUUUGAGGAAGAGGUGGGACAACAUCCAACGCUGGAGGACAUGCAAGAGUGCGUAGUCCACCUUAAGCGUCGUCCCGUGCUGAAGGAAAUGUGGAGACAGCGCCGUGGCAUGGACAUUUUAUGUCAUACCAUUGAAGAGUGUUGGGACCAAGAUGCCGAAGCUCGAUUGUCCGCGUCUUGUGUUUUGGAGCGUGUUACGGCGUUGACACGACUCUACCCUACCACCACAUUUAACACCGGUCAGCCGGUAAGAAUUCCGGCUUUUCUUCCUCCUCCACCACCCAACUUGAAUUUGACACCAAAUCACAACAACUAUACAACAAUGAGUACCGGCAGCGUGGGACCCAUCCCGCAUACAGAAUCGAACAUGUAGCAUCAUCUUUUCCCUGGUUAGGAGUGGAUGACGUCUACUUGUAACGCAAAUGUACCUGCCGCGAAGUAUAUAGAAGUGCAUCAAGUGUCUUGUGGGUUUUAUGUCAAGCUUUGUGACAUUUUUUUUUCCUCUCUUCUCUGCCUUCCUAUCCGCGAUUUUUUCCUUUCUGAAAAUCUUUUGUUUUCUUAUGUCCAUGUCUUCAUUAUUUUUUCAUUAACUUUGAGGCCCGUACAUCGACCAUAACUGUAAUCAACAUACUUCCUUCUACGAGAUCCCUCGUCUGACAGGUGAAAGGAAGAACAAAUUCCGCUUCGAUAACUGGAUAACAGUAACCCGUUCCCUUCAACCCUCCAAGCGUUUGAAACCUACGUUAGCAGUGUGUAACCAGCAAGCAAACCAUAACGAAAUGGUAAAAGUGUGAAAUACUCAGGAAUCAACCGUCAGGCAGCCCCAUUCCACCCCAUUCAGUACUCAACACUCGAAUUCCGACUCUCUGCAAUAUGAAACUACUAGUAAAAUACCAUUGCUCUAUUUAAAGAGUAUUUUUGAACAAUCAACAGUAUGUGCUCCACUGUUGCUCCAAUUUCAAUAGGUACCAAUUUUUCUUGUUCCAGGGCAUUUAACUCAUACUCCUAGCAAACGUUCAACAGAACUCAAUUCAUUUCCCAACUAGCCGUUUGUCCUCUUCCUCACCUGCCAGUCGUACGUGUCUGCGUACGCAUUUUCUUCAACCUUACUAAAACUUCAUAUUUGAGUCGUUCUUUUUGCUUUCGUCCAUAUAACGAAAACAUUUCGUACGAGGUGUAAACGUGAAAAAUAUUCGAUUCACUUUCCUCUUCUAGCGUUAUUCAUCCCAUUGAUUAUUGAACCAUUCUGUACACAAGACUUCAAGUGUUUGCGUUUUUUUUUUUAAUUAUUAUUAUUAUUAUUAUUUUUUGCUAACCACUCAAAAAUUAUGUACAAUUCGACAUCGAUAUCUUUGUUAAAAUAUGUUUCGCUACACGCCAUUGUGGUGCAGUGGAAUUUCGCUCCAAUUUCAUUUCGAAAGAAUCAUUAUCUGUGCUUUCGACAACGUAUCUUCUCUCCCUAACCACGACGUCUAAAAAAGUUGUUGUACUGUGUAUCGAACGGAGUAAUAUUAUGUCUUUGUUCUGGUACUCAGAAAAAAAAAGAAAAAAAAAGAAA